AGGGAAUGUGAGGAUUCCUGACCCGUGUGUCUCCUUGGCUCAGUGGCUGUCCUGCCUGCACACUUCAGUUGUCGCGCGCACCUUUAAAAAUUAUCGGUGCUUGUGCUGCACGCCAGACCCAUGAAAAUGGAUCCCUGAGGAUAAUGCCCAGUGACAUUCGAACACUUGUGAACGGAUUUGCCAAGAACCCUUUGCAAGCCCGAAGAGAGGGAUUGUAUUUUAAGGAAAAGGAUUACAAAUGUGUCCGGGCAGAUGAUUAUUCUCUUUAUGCUAAAAAUGAGAAUAUCUAAGAAAAAAAGGAAAUUAAGCCAUCAGAGGACUAUUAAAGCACCCAAUCCCUUUCCCUCACAAGUUCAAGAAGCUUCCCGAAGGAAGGGCAGGAUAUCAGAACUAUACGUAGAUGAGCUAGAAGCCGCCUGGCCUGGCUGGAAAACAGAUCCCAAGCCUGCCAAGAGGGGUGGCUGCGCAGUCCCAGCGCCUGGGGUCCGGCUGCGAAGGCCCACGAGGGCGCCGGCCGGCCCGGAUCAGGGGUGAUCCUCGGCCCACAAGAACAUGCUAGCUGUGCACUUCGACGAGCCCGGAGGACCAGAGAACCUUCACCUCAAGCAGGUGGCCAAGCCGAGCCCAGGAGACGGUGAAGUUCUCCUCAAGGUGGCGGCCAGCGCCCUGAACCGGGCGGACCUCCUCCAGAGACAAGGCCAGUAUGCCCCGCCCCCAGGAGCCAGCAGCAUUUUGGGACUGGAAGCAGCUGGACACGUGACAGAGCUGGGACCCGGCUGCCAGGGGAACUGGAAGCCCGGAGACCCGGCCAUGGCUCUGCUGCCUGGUGGGGGCCAGGCUCAGUAUGUCACAGUCCCUGAAGGGCUCCUCAUGCCCAUCCCAGCAGGACUGUCCCUGCUCCAGGCUGCAACCAUCCCGGAGGCCUGGCUCACCGCCUUCCAGCUGCUGCACUUUGUGGGAAACGUUCAGGCCGGAGACUCUGUCCUGAUCCAUGCAGGAGCAAGUGGUGUGGGCACAGCUGCCAUCCAACUCGCCCGGAUGGCUGGAGCUCUUCCUCUUGUCACAGCAGGCUCGCAGCACAAGCUUCAGACAGCAGCAAAGCUCGGGGCCACUGCUGGAUUCAAUUACAAAGAAGAGGACUUUUCCGAAGCAAUACUGAAAUUCACCAAAGGUGCUGGAGUCAACCUUAUCCUAGACUGCAUUGGCGGAUCUUACUGGGAGAAGAAUGUCAACUGUCUGGCUCUUGACGGUCGCUGGGUUCUCUAUGGUCUGAUGGGAGGAGCUAACAUCAGUGGGCCCCUGUUUUCAAAGCUAGUUUUUAAACGAGGAAGUCUAAUCACCAGUUUGCUGAGAUCUAGAGACAAAAAGUACAAGCAAAUGCUGGUGAAGGCUUUCACGGAACAAGUCCUGCCCCACUUCUUCUCGGAGGGCCCCCAGCGUCUCCUGCCUGUUCUGGACAGAAUCUUCCCGCUGACCGAAAUCCAAGAUGCGCAUGCAUACAUGGAGAGUAACAGGAACGUGGGCAAAAUCGUCCUGGAGCUGCCCCAGUGAGGGCGGCCGGGGCACUACAAGACGCGGCCACCCCAGGCCUUCCUGGAGCAAACUUGGAAAAAAUUUCACAGUCCACAGACAAGAGGCGAUGCUACUCCCCAACCGGUUCCCCUGGCCCUCCCCAGACCUCGGUAACAGAUCCCUGUAAAGCAGGUUUGAAGAAAUAAAGAGAGUGGACUUGAAGCGCGCUCGCGAGGUCUGGGACCGCGGGGCAGGUGUCAGAUGGGUGUCAGAACGCGCGUCGCCGCGGAGAUGACAAGGGAGGCCGGGCCACCGAGGGUUUAAGCCGGGAAGGCCACGGCAGGAGCCGGGAUUAGGGCACAGCGUCA